AUGGCAGAGACAAGUCAAAGUGUCGUUCUGAUUGAGCAGCUGUCAAAGCUUGCGCCGCAGCUGGCGGAUGGCGACAACUCAGAUGCCAAGAACCAGGCCAUCCAACUCAGUCGGCAACUGACUGGUAGCUUGUCUCAUCCCGCCAGCUCUGCCGUCGAGCUGGCAUUUGCGCCUUUUAUCACGGUAGCGGCCCGAAUCGCGAUUGGCAUGGGCCUGUUCCAGCUGAUUGCCAACAACACCGGGCCAAUCUCGUCUAAGGAGCUGGCCGAGAAAUCAGGCGCUGAAGAGUUUCUAAUCAGCAACACUGUCUCAGUCCGCACGUUGCGUCCCUUGGCUUCAGUCGGCGUCGUCCACGAGACGGGAGAGCGACAAUGGGCGCCCACACCAGUCACGCAUGCCAUGGCGACUGAAGAAAUAUCCGCCGGUCAUAGAAUGAUCGGCGAAAUGAUUGUCGGCGCGGCCCAAAAAGCGCCCAAGUACCUCAAGGAGUACGGCUACCGCUGUCCGACCGAUCCCCGCGACGGCCUCAUGCAGUUCGCCUUCCAGACCAAAAUGAACACCUUUGAGCUCUUCAGCUCCAUCCCGCAGGUAAACAGGGACUUCAACCUCUUCAUGGGAAAUACAAUGGGCGCGCGCAACUACUGGGUCGACUGGUACCCCGUCGAGCGGCAGCUGCUGGACGGUGCCGGGGGAGACGCGCCGCUUCUCGUAGACGUCGGUGCAGGGAAGGGCCACGACCUACUCGCCUUCCACGAAAAGUACCCGGGGAGGGGCAAGCUGGUGCUGCAGGACCUGGCCUCCGUGACGGACAGCCUCAGCGGCGCCGUGGACCCGGCCAUCGCCGUGAUGACCUACGACUUUUUCACCGAGCAGCCCGUCAAAGGCGCGCGGGCGUACUUUUACCACCACAUCCUGCACGACUGGUCCGACGACAGGUGCCUCGAGAUCCUGGCGGCGCUGAGCACGGCCAUGACGCCCGGCUACUCCAAGGUGCUGCUGCACGAGAUGAUCGUGCCGGAACGGGGCGCGUCCACGUUCCACGCGAUGCUGGACAUGACCAUGAUGGCCUUCAAUGCCGGCAUGGAGCGCACCGAGACCCAGUGGCGUGAGCUGCUGGACAGGGCGGGCUUUGAGGUGGUCAAGUUCUGGGCGCCGCUGCAGGAGGACGCGGACGGGAUCGUAGAGGCGAUGCUCAAAGUCUGA